AGUUUAAUGUUCGAAAACAUCGCAAACUAUGUUUCGGCUCCUGCCUGCGUUACAGAAAUUUAAUCUUAGGUUUUUUUCUUCAAGGCCCACUAUAUUCGGACUAUCAUCAGGUGCGGGCAAAUGUGGUGUUGCGGUGAUAAGAGUGUCUGGAGAUGCCAGCGGAGAUGUAAUUGGGCAAAAGACAAGAUUCAAAGGAAACCCAACGCCGAGAAAAGCUUAUUUGAAACAAAUCUAUCAUUCCAAAACAGCUGAAACAAUCGACAAAGGAUUGGUUCUUUGGUUUCCCGGACCGAACAGCUUUACCGGGGAAGAUUCGGUCGAGUUCCACGUUCACGGCGGGCCCGCUGUGAUCAACGCUAUGUACGAUAGCUUGGCAUCGAUCGAUGAAGUUCGACUUGCUGAACCCGGGGAGUUCACGAAGCGAGCUUUCUACGCUGGAAAGAUGGAUUUGACUGAAGUGGAAGGUUUGGCCGAUUUAAUCGACGCAGAAACUGAAGCACAGAGAAAGCAAGCCCUUUUGCAAGCUGGUGGCGAGCUGUCUAAGUUGUACCAUCGAAUCAGAGACAGACUGGUGAAAUGUAUUGCUCACGUGGAAGCCUACAUUGAUUUUCACGAGGAUCAAGAUGUUGGUGAUGAUGUUUUGCGGACUGUUAAUAAAGAAGUUGAAGCAUUGAUAUCUGAUGUUCGGUUGCAUUUGGAUGAUCAUAGGCGAGGUGAGCGACUAAGGGCAGGAGUUCGGGCAGUUGUUAUUGGUGCUCCUAAUGUCGGUAAAAGUAGUUUCGUAAACCUAAUUAGUAAUCGUAAGGUAUCGAUUGUAACUGAUAUCGCUGGUACGACACGAGAUGUAAUUGAAAGUUAUCAUGAUAUUGGAGGCUACCCGGUAAUCCUAGCUGACACUGCAGGCCUCCGAGUUAGCACGAACGAUGUUAUAGAGCAAGAAGGAAUCACGAAAGCUAAGGAUUAUGUUCAUUCAGCCGAUUUCAUAAUACUUUUAAUCGAUUCGAAAAUUGUGGAGGAAUAUAUGCAAACUUCAGCAGAGAAUGUAGAUCAAUAUUUGACCUAUUAUCUUGAGCAGCUUGGAUACUGUAGGAACUUGUUAACCGAUAGGCAAUCCAUGGUGAUCCUCAAUAAGACUGAUUUAAUCUCCGCAAAAACAUUUGAAACAUUAAAGUCCAUGGCUUCUACCGAAUUGCUGUCGUGUCAAACGCAAAACGGACUCAAAGAAGUGCUAAAAGAAAUUUCAUACCAUUUGCAGCAACUAUGUGGAAAUCCAACUAAAGAAAGUCCGAAUCUAAGCCAACAGCGGCACCGAUUUCAUUUGAAACAGUGCGUAGACUGUUUGGAACGGUAUCUACAUUAUAUGGACGAAGGAAAAAAUGUAGAUUUGGCCAUCGCUACGCAAUAUCUGAGAAAUGCGACCAGGUGCAUCGGUAAAAUCACAGGUACGAUCGAAACAGAGGAAAUACUGGAUGUGAUAUUUAGCAGCUUUUGUAUUGGCAAAUAAAGAUUUUGAUAAAACCUGUGUUGAAUUGGUUAAUUUUGA